CAGCUCUGAACUCUGUCCCCCGCGCCCAUAUCCUACUUCUCGGCAACCCGCUCUUUUUCUGUGCGACGCCUAGGGCAGCAUCACGCAAGAUCAUCGCACUCAUGGCCGCCACAGCUCCGUCUACACCCUUCCUCUCGCUAGACUUUACGUUCUCGCCACUGCUGGCCGACACGCCUACUCAGACUCCAUUUCUACGCGAACUACAGGCGCUGCUAGGGGAAGACGCCGAAGCUCAGUUGGCGCGAAAGGACUCAUUAACUUCUCGAGCACGAAGCUCUAUCCGCUUCCUGGCUUCCACGCCCGCCCACCCACUCUCGACGUCAAGUGCUCAGCAAUACCCCACUUCCUGGUCUGGGGAAGUCCUAUAUUCGCAUGUUGGCGCACCCUCCCCGCUCGCCGCCAGAAAGCGCUCUCCUCAUACGAUGCCGUUAGCUGUCCCAGAGCUCCUCGUCACAGACGUGGACGCGAAGGCGCUGCCUGCCGUGCCCCUCUCCGGCUCUUCUGAUAGCGUCACUGCCCCUCUAUCAUCCAACUCCUCCUCACUCGCACGCCAUAGCCUCUCUCUGCAGGUGCCUGCCCUCCGCCGCUCGACCCCGUCAUCUGGUUCUCGGCGAUCUAAGAAGAGACCUGCGCCUCCCACCUAUCUCUACGCUACCCCGAAGGAGAUCAUCGCUCUGCUCACCCUGCUCGAGGACGUCGACAACGAUGUCGAAGAGGACGUGGCGCGUAUACGCGAGAACGUCAAGGAGGUCCGAGAAGCCCUUGAUGAGGUUCGGGAGACGCGAAAGGCAAAGCAAGCAGCGCGGGCCGCGAAGAUUGCUGCUGGGAAAGAGAACGUCCCUCCGAAGGUCACUCUAACGGCCGUCAGCAGCGAUUUUUGGCUCAGCUAAAUGUGGGGAAGGCGUAUGCGGGGUCGAAGUGCAUGUUUACGUGCGCGCUCUCACCGCAAAAAUGUCGGGGUAUGCAGGCUUUAACCAUGUUGCGGCGGCCUGUGAGAUGCUCCUCCUUCGACGAAUACCUCAGGACUCGGGAUCGGGCUUCUACUAUGCACUGUAUACACUCUACUCUGGACCUAUGCCCUUAAGGGCCACUACCUUCACGACAUCCGAGGCACGCGCCUGUGGCUCAUUGACGCAUUGCAGACUAUUAAGCACACUAGCCUAUACUUCGUACCCUCAUAUCCUCUACAUCGGAAUGUAUCAUUCUGCGACUCUAGCAGUCCUUCUAGC